UUGAUAAUGUUAGUGUGUGACCUCUGACCCGCUUCCCCAAACUAAAAGGCAAAAAGCCAAGAUGGAUCCUGGGAUGGUGUGUACGCUUUGUCAGGAGGCAUUUGGCCGAGAUGAGAACAUCCUGAACUCUGGAGGACAAGUUUGGCAUGAGGCAUGCUUCGUAUGUGUCCAGUGUUUCCAGCCGUUCCCUAAAGGAGUGUUCUUUGAGCAUGAUGGCCGCAAGUAUUGUGAGAGUGACUUUCACACCCUCUUUGCCCCUUGCUGCAGUGGCUGUGGUGAGUUUGUAAUUGGACGAGUGAUUCGUGCUAUGAGUCAGUCGUGGCAUCCCGAGUGCUUCAAGUGCAUCAGCUGUCAUUGUAAUCUAGCUGACAUUGGCUUUGUCAAGAACCAGGGAAGGCCUCUCUGUAAGAAGUGUAAUGUCGAUUUCAAAGGUGGCUCUAAGAAGUUCUGUGGCAAGUGCAGUCUGCCUAUUCAGGGGGAACACAUUGUGUACAAAUUCCAAGUGGUGCAUCCGGAGCAUUUCAAUUGCCACAAGUGCACAAAACCGCUAACUUCCAAGUGUCGUGAACAUGAUGGUGAGCUGUACUGCCUUCGUUGCUAUGACAGUAUGGAGUCGGCCAUUUGCUCAGCUUGUCGCCGUCCGAUUGAAGGCAGGAUUAUUCAUGCCCUCGGAAAGACCUGGCACCCGGAGCACUUUGUGUGUGCUCAUUGUGAGAAAGCAUUUGAGGGGAGACGCCAUUUUGAGAAGAAGGGAUUGGCUUACUGUGAGAGAGACUACAAGUUUCUGUUUGGUGAUGUGUGUUUCUCGUGCAACAAGCCUUGCCGUGGUGAUGUGGUGAGCGUGCUUAACAAGAACUGGUGCAUUCACCACUUCCGUUGUACGGCCUGCGAUUCACAACUGGCAUCAUCAAGGGGUGGAGCUCGUUAUGCGGAGAUGGACGAGCGGCCGUACUGUAAGAAGUGCUUUGACAAGGUUCCUGUGGAACUGAGGAGGAGGCUCAAGAAACAAUCAGACUAAUAUAAACCCAUAACUAUUAUAUGAACGGAGUGAAUACAUGCAUGCGUAGAUUUUAUUCUCUUUCUGUUUUUAGUGUCUCGUAGCUUUGUCUUCAAUUAGUAGAGUUUGCGUAAGUUAAGUCUGUAUAAUUAUACCAUCAUAAUCUGAUCGAUGAUCUCA